UAAAUAUGGCCGCUUCCAUGAUGGAUCCCAUUCCGACAUGUGAUGACUUUUUAGCAUUUCAGGAAAUAUUAAAGAAAAUGAGACGCAUCGAUGAUAACAUAAUUCAUGCUUUGAAUACAACAAUUCCUACCGAUUCCUUUACUGCAAAAGCCAGUGUAACUGAUCAGUGUAAAGAUUUGUAUGAACAAUUGAGACUUAUGCAGAAUGAGCUCAAUGUGGAAGAAGUAGUAAAAGAUAGAAGUUUAAAGGUAUUUUAUGAAAGAUGUCGAUCCUUUUACAAACCACCCGAUUUCAAAUUAUGAGAAA